AUGCAUUGGUUUGGAAAUUUAAUCACUUGUGGCCAGUGGUCUGACCUAUGGCUAAAUGAAGGGAUCGCUUCAUUCAUACAAAACGUGGCCACAAAUAGUACACAAAGUCAAUGGCAUUAUUGGGAACUGUACGCCAAUAAUACGAUCGCCACAGCCAUGAAAGAGGACUCACAGGAAGGGUCGGUACCAGUGAUACAACCGGCGCUUCGGUUCGCGGACCUCAAAUUUUCAGUCCCUAUAUAUUACACAAAAGGGUCGGUUGUGAUCCGGAUGUUGGAGUCGGCGAUGGGUAGGGAGCGGUUCCGCGACGGCAUUCGGGGUUAUCUCAAACAAUAUUCAUAUCAAACAGUGGUUACCGACAAUUUGUGGCAAUCAUUAAAUAAGACUUUUCCAAAAAGUUAUGACACGAAUAUUGUUGAAUUAAUGGACACAUGGACUACAAAACCGGGCUUUCCAUACAUUAACAUUACGAGAGAUCCACAGAAUCCACACAUCGUUACCGUAACUCAGGAAAGCACUUUGUGGACAAUACCUCUCACAUAUUAUUCAUUCACAGACUAUGGAGACAAUUAUGAAACACAAACAAUUAACAUCUCGGUAAAUGGGUUGAUAAAAUUCAACGCCGACUUUAACGGCAUGUAUAUUGUUAACUAUCCGCCCGACGAUUGGGACCAAUGGACGACCGCUUUGGCCGCCAAUGAAGACAUGAUUGUCCGUAAACUCACACCCAAUGAUAGAUCGGAUCUGAUUUUGUCGGCAUUUUAUUUGGCAAAAGCGGACAAAUUAUCGGCGAUUAAACCGCUGGAAAUGUCCAGAUAUUUACUCAAUGAAACCCAUUUCACGCCGUGGGCUGUGUUUAACACCGAGUUUGCGGACAUUAGGCGUCGGUUAUUGUUGACCGCAUACAGGAGUCACUUGAAUAAGUAUAUGAGGUCUUUGGCCGCUAAACAGUAUCACCGACUGAUGGCUUGGGACGACGGGAUGGGCACUGAUAUCGACCGGUUGUUACGCCGACUGAUAAUUGAAAUGAGUUGCGGAAAUGGAUAUGAAGUGUGUUUAGAGGACUCGUAUCAGGCGUUUAAGAGGUGGAUGUCAGGCCAACCCAUGGCACCCAAUCUCAUCACUUAUAUGCUCUCCUAUGGGAUCAGAUAUAGUGAUAAAUUUGAAGAUUACGAUUAUUAUCGAUAUUUGAGCGCUUUAUCGCAGACUAAGAGCAUCACCUUAUUGAAUGAGCUUUUGUCUAAAGUAAUGUCUGACCCCUCGGUUCCGGUCAACCACUUUGUUUCAUUGGUAUCAGACAUGUCGUCGACCGCCGACUCCCGGCCUAUUAAAUUGAGUUCACGUCAGUUAUCGCAAGCGUUUCUUAGUAUUUGUAGUAAUUUUGGUGACACUAAUCGCAAAUCUGAAGUGGAAAACUUCCUAAACCUGUACCCAAACACCGGUAUCUCAAACACUAGUCGUGCGAACGUCGUUGAAAACACUAUUAAAUAA